AUGGAGAGGAUUGACAGCGAGGGUGCUGUGAUGUUCACCCACAGCCCUCUGGGUAGGAGAGGUCAAACUCUGCUGACAGUCCAACAAGACAUUAAGGCUAAACUGAAACACAAGUAUCAACACAUAUCUGAAAGAAUUGGACACCAUGGAAACCAAAGUCUGUUCAAGGACAUCUACACAGAGCUCUACAUCACAGAGGGUGGAAGUGGAGGGCUCAAUAAUGAACAUGAGGUUAGACAGAUAGAGAUGGCAUCCAAGAAACAAACCACACAAGAGACACCAAUCAAAUUCAACGACAUCUUCAAGCCUUUACCUGGACAAGACAAACCUAUCAGAACUGUGCUGACAAAAGGAAUCGCUGGCAUUGGAAAAACAGUCUCUGUGCAGAAGGUCAUCCUUGACUGGGCAGAGGGAAAAGCAAAUCAGGACGUUCAUUUCAUGUUUCCUCUUCCUUUCCGUGAUCUGAACCUGAAAAAGGACCAAUACAGUCUGAUGCAACUUCUUUCCCACUACUUCCCAGAGCUGAAAGAGAUUGACAGCAUUGAAGUUGGUGAAACCAAAACUGUUUUCAUUUUUGAUGGUCUGGAUGAGUGUCGACUUCCUCUAGACUUCAAAAACAAUGAGAAGUGCUGUGAUGUCACGAAGCCAACCUCAGUGGACGUGCUGCUGACAAACCUCAUCGAGGGGACUCUGCUUCCCUCUGCUCUCCUCUGGAUAACCUCACGGCCUGCAGCAGCCAAUCAGAUCCCUCCUGAGUGUAUUGACAAGGUGACAGAGGUACGAGGGUUCAAUGAUCCACAGAAGGUGAAGUAUUUCAGGAAGAAAAUCACAGAUCAGAAUCUGGCCAAUGAAAUCAUCAAACACAUGAAGACAUCAAGGAGCCUCCACAUCAUGUGCCACAUACCAGUCUUCUGUUGGAUAUCAGCCACUGUCCUUGAGAUGAUGCUGAAAGAGGCAGAGAAGGAUGAAGUCCCCAAAACUCUGACCCAGAUGUACUCACACUUCAUUCUCAUCCAAAUCAUUGUGAAGAACAGGAAGUACAACAAAGCCACAGAGACAAACCCAAAGGAACUGUCUCAGUCAGAAAAAGAGAUGAUCCUGAAACUGGCAAAGCUGGCUUUCCAACAGCUGCAGAAGGGCAACCUGAUCUUCUAUGAGGAGGACCUGAGAGAGUGUGGCCUUGAUGUCACAGAGGCAUCAGAGUACUCAGCAUUGUGUACAGAGAUCUUUAAAGAAGAAUCUGGGCUGUACCAAGACAAGGUCUACAGCUUUGUGCAUCUGAGCAUUCAGGAGUUUCUAGCAGCAGUGCAUGCUUUAGAAUCAUGUCUGGGCAAGAAGGAAAAUGUUUUCUCCCCCACUAGUGAUGAUGAAGAGAAGGAGUCAAUCCAGUUGUCUGACUUACACAGGAGAGCAGUGGACCAGGCCUUGAAGAGUGAGAAUGGACACCUGGACCUGUUCCUCCGCUUCCUUCUGGGUCUCUCACUGGAGUCCAAUCAGAAUCUGUUACGAGGCCUUGUUACACAGACAGGAUGUACAACACAGAGUAAUGAGGAAACAGUCAGGUACCUUUCAUACAAGAUCGAGGAGGAAUCCUCACCAGAAAGGAUCAUCAACUUGUUCCACUGUCUGAAUGAACUUGGUGCCAACUCUCUAGUUGAAGACAUGCAGACCUCCCUGCAUUCAGGAACUCUUUCAGAAACAGAGCUAAAACCUGACCAAUGUUCAGCCCUGGCCUACCUGUUACUGAUGUCAGAGGAAGUGCUGGAGGAGUUUGACCUGAAGACAUACACCACAACAGAGGAAGGUUAUCAGAGGUUAAUGCCAGUAUUGAAAACCUGCAAGAGAGCACUACUGGAUGGCUGUCAACUCUCAUAUAAAUCCUGUGAGACUCUGGCCUCAGCUCUGCAGACCCCAAACUCCCCCCUGAGAGAACUGGACCUCAGCUACAAUGACCUGAGAGACAGAGGAGUGGAGCUGCUCUGUGUUGGACUAACCAGUCCACUCUGCCACAUACAGACACUAGUGCUGUCUGGCUGUCUGGUCACAGAGGAGGGCUGUGCAGCUCUGUCUUCAGCUCUGAGGUCAAACCCCUCCCACCUGAAAGAGCUGGACCUGAGCUACAAUCACCCAGGAGACUCUGUAGGUGGACUGCUUUCAGCUGCUCUGCUGGAUCCCACAUAUAAACUGAUGAAGCUGAAUGUGGAUCAUGGUGGAGAGUGCUGGCUGAAAUCAGGGCUGAGGAAAUAUGCCUGUCAUCUCACCCUGGACCCAAAUACAGCAAACCCAUUCCUGAUACUGUCUGAGGGGAACAGGAAGGUGACAUGUGAGAGAGAGGAGCAGCAUUAUGAAGACCAUCCAGACAGAUUUGACUAUCUUUACCAAGUUCUCUGCAGAGAAGGCUUAUCUGGAUGUCGUUAUUACUGGGAGGUGGAGAGGGAUGGUCGCGUGGCUUUCAUUGGUGUGGUGUACAAAGGAAUGAGGAGGAAGGGAGGGGAGGAUGACACUUGGAUUGGAGCCAAUUGGAAGUCCUGGAGUUUAUACUGCUCUGAUAGUGGUUAUGAAUUUAACCAUCCUGGAGUCUGGAGGAGAUCCUUCUCUGGUCCUGUUUCUAACAGAGUUGGAGUGUAUCUGGACUGUUCAGCUGGUAAUUUGUCCUUCUAUAGUGUGUCCUCCUCUGGUACACUGACACAUCUUUACACAGAACACACCACAUUCACUGAACCCCUCUAUCCUGGAUUUGGGUUUGAGGUUUUCUCCUCCUCAGUGACCCUGUGUCAGAUAGAUGAUCAACACAUUCAGAGGUGA